UAACGUCUCUAAUUCAAAACCGAACAUGAAACUUUGGUUUCAUUCGGCUCCUUUAUGGAAGAUAGAUAAAUUCCCAGAUAUCGAUAUAUCUAAGAUAAGACGUGAACGAAAUCCAAAAAUUCGAUCCAUAACAUCUAUGUCAGCUUUUCUGUUUGAAUGCAUUUCAAUUCAAAAAAAAAAUUCGCUUUCUAGACAAUCCCUCUAGAAUAGGGAAUAGGGUAUUCUAACAAUAUUCCUAGUUACUUCGUUCUCUAUUUCUAUUUGAGACAAUCCUUAGGAAAAGUAUUUUGUUUCCACCGAGCUAAAAAAUAGAAUAUGUCAAUGCUUCUAGUAAACUAAAAUCAUCUUUUAAUUUUAUUAAUUUAUAGCUAUUUUGCUCCAAUCUUUCCUAUCGAAAAAGAAAAAAUGGAAGAUUUAGUUACGAUUAGAAAUACGCUUUUCUAUAUUUAUCCAUGGAUCCUUUACUAAUACUCAUUAAAUUGGAAGCAUUGAUCCAAUUCAAAAAAAAAAUUAUGUUUCGCAAUUAAAUAAUCCAAUUUUCCAUUUUUAAUUGACCCUUGGAUACAAAUCACGAGAAUGUAUAUUUUUCCUCGAAUCCUUCGUUGAGAGGUAAAGGAUUAAAUCCUUUUAAGAAAUAAAGUUUUUCUUCGGAAUAUGAAUCAAAUCAAACCGAGGGAUCCCUUAACUAUAAAAGGGAUUAAUAAAACGAAUCACACUUUUACCACUAAACUAUACCCGCUACAAUGCGAUUAUUGUAUAUAAAUGAAACUUUUGUCGAACAAAAAAAGGUAAUCGGACGUAAUCAAGAUAGGAUCCAAAACAAAAUAAUGAUGAAAAUUAUAGCAUUGACGUGUUUGUUUUGGUUUUGUCAGUAAACCUAAUCAGAUUAGUAAAAGAGCACUCCUAAUUCAAAAUUGAAAUAAAGAAAGAACAAGUUCUUUCUUUUGCUGGAGGAUUUUUGACAGAACAGAUAGGGCUCGAUAAAACUAUUUAUGUUAUGACAUAAGAAUGCAUUGCACAACAAUCCACAGUUCCUUAUUUUAUUUUUCUUUUUUUCCAGUAAAGGAAAAAAAAAUAAGAAAAGAAAGAAUAAUAAUAAUAAAAAAUGACACUUUGAUUCUAUAGAAUCAAAUUCCAUAUCAGAGGAAUGGAAAGAUCCCUUCUUCUGAUUGUUGUUUCAAUAAUCAAUAAUAAGCAUUUUUGUUUUCAAACAAAUCAUUUUAUCUAUAUCUAUGAUUUGGAAUGGAACAAAAAAUGGCCCGGCUAGGUACUGACCAGGCCAGGCCGUGAAAAGAAAAAAAGCUCUUUCGGAAGAAGAGGUAUUCUUGCUUUUUUAUUUUUUUUUUAUUCGAAAUAUCUCUUUAGAACCUUUUCUUUAUCUAAAUGGGAUUGCUUAUAAAAGUAGUAUAUAUUAAAGUUGUAUAUAUUAAUAGAGUAAAAAAAAAUAAAGAGAGAUAAAGAAAGGCUUUUUUUCAAGCCUUACUUUUUGUGUAAUGUAAGAUAGUAAUUAUCCUUUUUCAAUUGGGAGAGAUGGCUGAGUGGACUAAAGCGUCGGAUUGCUAAUCCGUUGUACGAGUUUUUCGUACCGAGGGUUCGAAUCCCUCUCUUUCCGUUUCCGUUGAUGACUUGUUAUUUUAUUUAUUUUUUUUUCAAAACCUUUCCUUUGUUUUUGUUUUUUUUUUUAUUUCAUAUAAUAAAUAAGGAUGUACAAUAGAUAAAAUCCUAAGUAAAAUAGAUAAAAUCCUAAGUAAGAACAUUGAAAAAUUAAGCAAGUAAAAAGAAAGGCCUUUUUAUUCUUCACGUCCAGGAUUACGUCCUGGAUCAUUAGAUAGGAAUCCAAAGAUGAAGAGAGAAACAAAAAAUAUCACUACUGUAUAAACAAAGAGUUUGAGAGUAAGCAUUACACAAUCUCCAAGAUCUUUUUUUUUUUUCAAAAAAAAGAGAAUAGAUUCUCCAUUUUUAUACCCCAUAUCCUAUUUUGACACCAAUAAACAAAAUGGUUUCUCGAAAUCAAAAAUCAAAAAGAAUUUUCAGAAAUUCAUUUGGAAUAAGAGUCGAGUCUUUCAUAAAAAAAAAUCUUUCCUAUUUUGAAAUGACUCUAAAAGGGUUUUUCAAUAAAUGAAAAAGAAUCCGAAUGAGGAAAGGAAAGAGGGGAGUCAGAUUUUUUGCAGCUAUCUAAGAAUUGUUUGAAUCGAGGGUUCAUGUUCAUGCUGUAAGACUUAUCCGAUCUUAUCCAUUGUUCCCAUUUUUUUUUUCGAAUAAAUCAUGUCUAGGACAGUAUUAAAGAUCUCAUCGAAAACUUACAGCAGCUUGCCAAACAAAGGCUAAGAGAAAAAAGAGAAGGGGUAUUACUGGCAUAAAAUCUACGAUUGGAUUCAAAAAAGCGUAGGCCUCAGGCAAUUUGGCUAAGAAAAAACUACUUGAAUAAAGGGUGGAAUGAAGACAGAUACAGAUCAAACUAAAGAUAUUAAGCAUAACAAACAUUUUUUUUUCUUGGACUUGGAGAUAAUUGUAUUUUGAUUGAGUUAUUGUUAUUGAUAAUUGAUAUCCCUUAAAAAUGAAAAAAAAAAAGGUAAGGGAUACCAAAAAAUCCUUCUUUGAACUCA